UUGAGCAAAAUCAUCUUACAGCGCGAAGUGGUAUCGGUGCAUGUGGGACAGGCUGGGGUGCAGAUUGGGAACGCUUGCUGGGAACUUUACUGCUUGGAACACGGAAUCCAGCCAGAUGGAAUGAUGCGUGAUGAGCAGAAGGUCGAUUCGGAGGACGAUUCAUACAGCACUUUCUUCGCUGAAACCCAGCGUGGUAAGUUUAUUUAG